AUCGAUUGCGCCAUAAAAUAGACGCUCAACCUUAGCCAUUUUCUACUGAUCUGUUUCCAAUUAGCCAAUCAUUCGAUCAUUCUGACAGAUAGGUGAAGGUCUAUUGCGGCGCGCCGUCACGAACCAGAAUCUAUCUACAAAAGGCCGAACCAACGGAACCGGAGCUUCAGCAGCAUCAACCAGCCACCGAGAAGAAAGUACCGCUAAUCCGGCACAACCUGAUCUUCGCACGAGAUACACGUCUGCCGGUGGACGGCAGCUCGGUUAGAACAUGAAUUCCCGCGGUUUGCGAAGUGGAAGGAUUAUCGUCGUGGCGUCGUCGUCGUCGUCGUCUUAAUGGUCGCGGAAUAUCAUUAAAUGGGAAAGGCAAAUUGCGGGGGGAAAAAGUGGUCCAACCACCGAAAGCCAACCACCGCUAAGAGCCAGUCCACACCGACCCCUUGUGAUAUUGUCAAGAAACGCAGCGGUUCUUUGCUGGUGCCAUAAGUAAGGGCCUUCUGAGAUGGUUGGGGAAAAGAGCGAGCGUAAAAGCAGUGGCCCAAAAAAAGAGUGCGAAAACGAUCAUCUGGCCCUGUUGCUGCUACUGCUACUGCUCAAGAUCAACCUGAUGAUGGUGGAGUGUUGAUCAGGGAAGACACGCGGAAAUGAUGUUGGAGGAGAACGGGUGCGCAGAGCGUGUGAGAAAAGCGUGGCGUGGAGAAAAUUAUAAUAAACAUACACACACACACACUCACGCACUUGAAACAGACCAAAAAAAAACAAGAAUGUUAGGCCUGGAAGUUACUGACCCGUGCGGAUUGGAGCUUGGAGUCUUGGAGUCUUGGGGUUGGCGAAAGCGAGACAGCUCCAAGCAGCUCGUAGUGCAGACGCGAAAGAGCAGGACAUCGCGGAACAUCGUGAUUGAGGGUGAAAUUCGUGGCCGAACAUCGCGAUCGGAUUGACGCGCGGUGCACCCGAACGGGGACGGGUUUUUCACUCGCAAGCACAUACGGCGUGCGUUUCAUCCGCAGGUUCGAUCUUCUCAGUUGACACACUUCUUUGGGGUGGAUCAGUCGAAACGUGCUGCUGGUCCCGAUCGGUCUACAACACCGGGCCCCUGGCGCGAAUAAAGCAUACACUGCUUUCGUAUUAUAGUGUGAUUCCGGUGUGUUGGUUGACGUAGUGUACCGGUGGUGCAUAUAUCUCCCCUUACGCACAGUGUUCCAAUCUCCAAAUCCGCUUCCAGGAGGCGUACGGUGGUGAAAAUAAAUCCCCACACUUUCGCGCACUAACGUCAUCGCCCUGUUUCGGGUCGGUCGGGUGCGGUGUGUUCAGGUUGUGGUCCCCACAAGCCAGUGCCCAGAUUCUCCCGAAAGUGGAUACAGCACGUAGCGCAAGGAUGGUGCUAUCGAUAAGCAGACACCACACCGUCGUUGCACGGCGCGCAUGGUCGUUGAUGCCGCUGCAGCUGAUAGUAGGCGGCGCCUGUGUACUGCUGAUGCUUCAGGAUCAUCAUCAUCGCGCGGUGGAGGCUACGAUACCGACCAUCGAUAAUAUCGUAAAAAUUCUACAAUCACCCGUCGUACAGCAGUUGAUUCUUCCACGACCUUUGGUAGCGGCCGAUCCGACCGUUGUUGCCGACGAACCGUCAUCGGGACCGUCUUCGAUGAGCAUGAGCAUGAUGAUGAAAGAUCCCGUCAAACCAUCGCAGACAAACGACGACGCCGCCGCCGCCGCUAAAAUGGGUUCGAAAGACAGCAAGCAGGCGCAAAACAGUGCCCGCGAUGAAGUAGUCCGGACGAAGUUCCUGAUACCACGCACCCGAUCCUUGCCGGGCUGUCCACUGUGCGAUGCGUCGGUAUAUAGCUACUGCGACGAGAAGGUGUACCACGACGCGUGCUGCUGCGGUUCCAUCAACGGUGCGGCCCCGUUCGGUGGAGCCGGAGGCGGAGGUUUCGGAGGGUUCGGUGGCUUCGGUCGACAGGGGUUCGGUGGACCGGGUGGCUUUGGUGGUCCGGGCGGCGGUAGUGGCUGCGGGUACCAAGGCUGUGGAUUCCUUUACGCCAACUCCUGCUAUGAACAUCAGCUGAUAGUGAACUGUUGCUGUAAUUCGCCAUACUAGAUAGAGCUUAGGCAGGUGGCUCGAACUGUGAGUUGUACUUUUCGGAUAGUCUUCGGUUUAGAGCAGUUUAUCGAUAAGACAGUGUUCUGUUUACAUCUUAAACUUUAUGGAUCUUCUUGUUUCCAUUUUAAUGGUUGUUUUUUUUAACUUUGCCGACAUCCUUAUCCUAGUUUUAGCAUCACUUAGUUCUUAUGGGGUUAGUUUAAGUUUCGUUUCGUCGAGUACACGAAAAAGUGACAAAAAUAUUGUGAAUCCUGGAAGAUUCUUAUUUAUACAGCUGCCUUAGCUUAGAGUUAAGGGUUCUUGCCACCCUAUUUAUCAGAGACAGAGAGAGAGAGAAUGUUGACAUGUUGAACAAGACACACGUAC